CCAAACCAAAUCCAUGGCGAUCACUAGCAGGCAAAACAACAACUGCGUUUAGAGCACAGUCACAUCGACGUCGCGCGUACAUCCAGCCACAAGACGGGGACGCACCAGCUUUUCCGCCUUGUACUCUCCUGAUCGUCACCCCGCCAGCCCGCCUCACUUUACUCCGCUUCAGUAGUCAGCACUUCACUGCACGGCACCGCAGUUACCCACUGCUGCUGCGCGGCGCGCGCCAAGAAGGAAGGAUGCCGACGCCGCCGCUGUGCCUGCUCGCGGCGGCGGUGCUGCUGCUGCUGCUGCCGCCGCCGGCCGGGGCGCAGGAGACGUGCUCGGGGGCCGCGCCGGCCCCGCCGCGGCGCGGGGCGUGGAUGUCCGUGGCGAGCUUCGGUGCCGUCGGGGACGGUCGGACGCUCAACACGGCGGCGUUCGCGCGCGCCGUGGCGCGCAUCGAGCGCCGCCGCGGCGCGCGCGGAGGCACGCUGCUGUACGUGCCGCCCGGGGUGUGGCUGACGGGGCCUUUCAACCUCACCUCGCACAUGACGCUCUUCCUCGCACGCGGCGCCGUCAUCCGUGCCACCCAGGAUACGUCGAGCUGGCCGCUGGUCGAUCCGUUGCCGUCGUACGGAAGAGGGCGCGAGCUGCCUGGUGGGAGAUACAUGAGCUUGAUCCAUGGCAAUGGUCUCCAAGACGUCUUCAUCACAGGUUCUUGCUCUGCGCAGAUUGCUUACUGCCAGUCAGCCACCCCUUCCCUCGCCGGUGAGAAUGGCACCAUUGAUGGGCAAGGUAGCGUGUGGUGGGACAUGUGGAAGAAGCGCACGCUGCCCUUCACAAGGCCGCACCUGCUGGAGCUCGUGUACUCCACCGACGUGAUCGUAUCCAAUGUCGUCUUCCAGGACUCGCCGUUCUGGAACAUUCACCCAGUUUACUGCAGCAAUGUAGUAAUAGCAAACGUGACUGUGUUGGCACCACAUGACUCCCCAAACACUGAUGGAAUCGAUCUAGGUAAAUGGAUGCUUCACUCGCUUAGUAAAUCUGAGCAAAAUUUGUGUGUGCAUAAAAAUGAAGUCCCAUCUGCAUCUUGUACUGCAGAUUCAAGCAGUAAUGUCUGCAUCGAAGACUCCUAUAUUUCCGCAGGAGAUGACUUGAUUUCCAUCAAGAGUGGCUGGGAUGAGUAUGGCAUUGCUUUUGCUCGUCCAAGCUCUGGCAUCACCAUCCGGAGGAUAACAGGGUCCAGCCCCUUUGCUGGCUUUGCAGUUGGAAGCGAAACCUCUGGUGGCGUGGAGAACGUCUUUGUGGAGCACCUGAAUUUCUUUAGCAUGGGUGUUGGGAUCCAUAUCAAGACCAACUCAGGAAGGGGAGGAUUCAUCCGGAACAUUACCAUCUCCGAAGUGACCUUGAAUGGAGCUCGAUAUGGUUUGAGGAUUGCCGGUGAUGUUGGGGGCCACCCUGAUACAUCCUACAACCCGAAUGUGCUUCCUGUUGUCGACAGUGUGACGAUUAAGAAUGUUUGGGGUCAGAACAUACGGCAAGCUGGGCUGAUAAGGGGCAUUAGGAACUCAGUUUUCAGUCGCAUAUGCCUCUCAAAUGUAAAGCUCUAUGGCAGUGCAUCUAUCGGGCCAUGGAAAUGCCGAGAUGUCAGUGGCGGUGCACUUGAUGUGCAACCAUCGCCAUGUACAGAACUGGCUAGUACAUCUGAGACAGGUUUCUGUACAACUUAGAUCUGAUUCUCCAAAGUGAAUGUUGUUGCUCUCAGUUCCGGUUAGGCAUACAAGUUCUCCUGAGAAAUAGCAAUAAAGCUGUCAGCAUUACUGUUUUUUGUUUGGCAGAAAUGUUUGCUGAUUAACAAUGUUCAAAAAGGCGCUAGGCGCUAUCUAGGCGGUGACCCACCGCCUAGAGCCUAAGCGGGAUUAGGCGGGACUAGGCGUUUCAAGGCGUUUUUCUAGGCGGUGCUAUAUACAUACAUAUAUCUUGCAAUAGACAUCAUAUAUCUCUUAAAGAAAA